AUGAUCGAUGCCAAGGUUUGGACAUCGGGCCCACCAAUCGAGGACGAGCAGAAGUUGGACACAAUCGGGGUCAUUUUGAGGAACGUGCUGAAAGCGGACAAUGACAUUCGGAGCGCGAGAACCUCGGUUUCUUUGGCCGAGAUUCCUACUGAGAGGAGGCUCCACCAGCUUAUGUUUGUUGACCGAGACUAUAAGAGGAGGGUUGUGGCUGGGCCUUGUUCGGGCCCGAGUAACUCCGCCAUCGAUCUCACAAGGGGAUCCACUUUAUUAGGCGGCAUGCGUAAAGUUACCACUAUCUCACGAAGCAUUAACCUCGGUGACGCGAGCGGCGGACCUCAGAGCGAUGACGAACCUCGGCGGGUGCGGAUCGCGGUCAGCAGACGGCUUGGGAAGGGGCGUGAGAGGUAG